AUAUGACUGAAUGAUUUUUAUUUCAUAUUCCUCUGAAACAUUUACUUACUGUUAGUCUUUUUCUGACUUCCACCUGGUAUUAUUUCAAUAUAUAGGUUUUGAAAUGUAUCUUCUAAAUUAUAUAUCCAUGUAGUAUUUGAUUCAGAACAUACCUGAUAAUAACUGGGACAAGCUCCAGUCGAAACGCGUCGUAUGAUGCUUUGAAUCACUCUAUUUUGUAACACACCCACACACCCACACCCACACCCUAAUUAUAAAUUAUUUCAUUUCAUUGUCUUUUAGUUAGUCGUCUUGCAUAUCAUGAACUCGCUCGACGUCAACAUGGAUCCUAUACUUUCGAUGCACUGAUGCUGAUGAAUAAGUACAAUUAUUCCGAUGAAUUUAGUUUAUCUGAACAAGAUGCUAAUGAAUUAGCUUCACGAUUACAAGUAGGCAAAUCAAUUAUUACUUUCAAUGCGCAACGACUUCGUAGCAUCUGUCAUACUCUUCUUGCAUUCCAUGAAUCAUUUCGACGAUAUAUUCUAUGUAAGAGUGAUGUUGCUCUAAAAGAACCAACAAUCAAUUCGAAACAAAUGGCUAUGGCAUUGGAAUUCUAUUUACAAAUCGAUGUGGAUUUAUUCUAUAUGAAAACUUGUUCGUUUCGAGGGGCUCAACCUCUAUCUAAUAUAGACGGUCUAUUUUGUGGAAGAGAUGAACCUCAAGCAAGAUAUUCAUUGGUUCCAUGUGAUAAUCUUUUUUGUCAAUGUUGUCUUCCAUUAAAUACUUACAAGAAAAGUCAACCAUGGCCAAUUGUUAAUUUUGCUUCAAGUUCAAUGCAUCGAUUUCUCAAUGGUUAUACUACCUAUCUCAAUUGUCCAGCAACAUGUACUACAUCGAAUAUAAUUUAUGCCAUGACAUCUCCAUGUGGUGAUUAUGAUUAUAUUGAUUCAACAGCAAAAACAUUGGCUGAUGUUAUGGCUUAUCAUCGAGAACAUGGCAAUCGAAUUAUACGUGAACAAUUAACUGGUAGUCCUCUAUUUCGAGGAUCACAAAUCGAUCCUGACGAGAGAGAAAAAGAAAUGGCUAAUCAAAUGCGUCUCUAUCAACAUUCAGCUCGUUGUCCAGAAGCACUUCGUUCAUUUCUUGAUUGUAAUCCUAUGUAUUGGUGUUUUAUUCCUCUACCUUGGGAUGAAGCAGUAACAGAAAAUGUUGCUAAUCGUCCAGGAAAUUCUACUACAGAUCCCAAUCUGGAUGCUGUGAUAGCAACAACAGCCGUAGACAAUCGUAGGGUGGCCAAUUAUUUAGAUAAUGUACCAUUACCACCAACUCCCUAUGCCUUCUCAUUUCGACAGCUAAAACAACAGCGUCUAUUUUUCGAACGAUUUGUUACUUCUUCCAUUCAUUACCGGCCCUAUAUCAAAUUAGAUUUGUAUAACAUAGCAAUCAUUGCCGUUUUACCAGAUGAUUGUUCAAUAAUAUUACGAUACAUCAUCGAAACAUUAUUCAUUAUUCAUGGUGAAACUAAAUUGAAUAUGAUUUGCCCACUUGGUGGUGAUGCUGAAAAACGUUACGGUCCUUCGUAUAACCUAUAUUGGUGUGUUAAUUUGAAUCAUUCAUCAAUGUAA